AUACUUUCAUAUGGAAGGAACUCCACAAUGUUCCAUUCCAUCUACCCUUAUAAAACCCACUUACAGGAGCUUUCCUUUUCAUUGUACACCUUGAUCAUUGAUGCUCAAUUAAUACAAGAAAAUAAAAAGAGACAAGUAAAGAAAUUAGAGCUCCAACAAUGAACAGAAGGUCACAAACUUCUGCCCCUCGCGUGUACCAAGAUUUCCAGCCCCUGAUAGAAUCCAAAGAAGUUGAUAAAUCUAAACAAUACGAUGUUUAUCUUCCAGGUUUCACAAAGGAUCAAUUAAAAGUCGAACUCGAUGGCCAUGGAAACCUGAAGAUCACCGGAGAGCGGCAGCUGGGAGACAACAAAUGGAGUCGCUUCAGCAAGGAGCUUCGUCUUCCUGAAAAUUGCAUUGCCAGUGGCAUCAAUGCAAAGUUCGAUUCCCUCAAACUUUCCAUCAUAAUUCCAAAGACGACAUUGACUCCAGCCAAGCCACAAGAGCAGAUUAAACCAACACCAGAAGAACAGCCCAGCCAUAAAUCCACAGUCGAGCCAGAACCCAGAAAACAGCCUAAACCAACCUCCCCAGAAGAAUCAUUAAGUCAUAAGCCUGCAGUCGAGCCUGAACCCAGAAAACAGCCAAAGCCAACCCCCCAGGAAGAACCAUCAAGUCAUAAACCUGCAGCCGAGCCAGAACUCAGAAUAAGGCCUAGACCAAGCGCCCCCCAAGAAUCAGUGGCGAGUACUUAUAAACCAGCAAAAGAGCCACAACCCAAAAAGCAGCCUAAACCAACCUCUCAGGAAGAACCCAGAGAACAGCCUAAACCAACUCCCCAAGAACCAUCAAGUCAUAAGCCUGCAGCCGAGCCAGUACUCAGAAUAAAGCCUAGACGAAGCCUCCCAGAAUCAUCGACGAGUACUACUGAACCAGCAAAAGAGCCAGAACACAAAACGCUGCCUAAACCAACCUCCCAAGAAGAACAAUCAAGUCAUAAGCCAGUAACCGAGCCAGAACCCAAAAAACAGCCAAAACCAAGCCCCCCAGAAUCACCGAGAAUUGCUUAUAAACCAGCAGAAGAGCCAGGGCUGGACAAGCAUAAAGGUCAUAUUCAUGAAGAAGCUGCUACAGCAGCCAAAGCUGAUGAUCAUAAAAGGCUGAAGGAGAAUGGGAAGACUAGUGAGAAAGAAGGGGGUUCUGGGCCAUCAUCUGACAAUAGGAAGGUUGCCCAUGAAGCAAGAGCACCGAAAGCUGAAAAAGUGACUGGUAGUGGCGGUGGUGGUGGUGCUGCUGCUGAGAGUGGUCGUCAUCAGCCGCUUAUGGGAGUGGAGGAGCAUAGACACAUGAUCGCCAACUUGGUUGCGGCUCUUCUAGUGCUGUUGGCCUUUGUGGUUUAUGUGAUAUAUACACUUGGGUCCGCUUGAAGAGCUGAGUGGAUCACAUAUUAUUUCUGCUUCAUCUUUAUGUAAAUUCUAUUACAUUGGAUUUCGAUCCAAGAUGUGUUAUCUCCUUUUAUUUUGGUCCCUAAUAAGCUGAAUCCUUUGGUAUUUUUUAUAC